AUGAUUCUUGUUGCUGUUGUCUAUGGAGGAUGUGGUUUUGUUGGAAUCAAUUUGACACCAGAGAAAGAUAUUUCAAUCAGAGAAACAAUGGGAAAGGCAUACAAUGUGACUCCAGAAGAAAUUCAUUACGUGGCUGUUGAGUACUUUGUUAGAGAUGAAAAUGAUGAGAGAGUUCUGAAUUACUUGUCAAUUGGCACUGCAAUCAUGCUCAAUACUAUAUUCACUCUCACACCGAUGAUUCUCAUUUUCAUACCAUGCAUCAUUUUCUAUAUUCUCCCAAUAUUUGAGAUUCCAUUAGGAGUUGAUGCAAAUAUUCUCAGCAUUUCCUUGAUUCUCUAUCCAAUGAUCGAUCCAAUCGGUGUUCUUUUCGUUAUCAGACCAUACCGAAUGUUUAUUAAAAAGUUUUUCCGUCGUCAAGUGAUGAAUUGUACCCACAAGACCAAGAAUAAAAAUGAUAAUAUUGUGCCACCUGUAGAAGAUUUCCCUCGUUUCCAUUCUAUUGCCAACUAA